GGGGUGAAACACAUUUCAAUCAGAAUCAACCUCCUGCCUCCAGAUUUGAAAAUCCAGAUCUAUCAAAGGACUUGAGACCUCUUAUGGGACCGGGAGCAGGCAGAUAUUCAGAACCUGGCAGUCGUUUUAACCAAAAUGAGCAGUUUCCUGGUCCCAGGAUUGACAGCAGUGGAUCUCUUGAUAAGAUGAAACCUCUCUUAGGUUCAGGUUCAGAAACACAUUUCAGGCAAAUUCCGGGCUCCAGGUUUGAUAAUACAGAUCCUUCUAAGGAUUCAAGACUUCUCAUGGGGCAAGGAGCAGGAAAAUAUCCAGAACCUGGCAGUCAUUAUAAACAGAAUGAGCCAUUUCCUGGUUCCCGGAUUGACAACAGUUUAUACCCCGAUAAGACAAAACUGCUACCUGGAGAAGGUCCUGAAACACAUUUCAGUCACAGUCAGGGCAUUUCUGGCUCCAGAUAUGAUAAUCAAGGCCCCUCUAAGGAAGCAAGACCUCUGGUUGGACAAGGAGCAGGCAGAUAUUCAGAACCUGCCAGUCAUUAUAAGCAGAAUGAGCCGCUUCCUGGUCCCCACGAUAAGACAAAACCACCACCUGGAGCAGGUUUCAAUCAGACUCAGGGCAUUUCUGGUACCAGAUUAGAUAAUCUGGGCCCCUCUAAGGAACUUAGACCUCUGAUGGGGCAAGGAGCAGGCAGAUAUUCAGAACCUGACAGUCAUUAUAAGCAGAAUGAUAAGUUUCCUGGUUCCCGGGUUGAUAAUAGUUUAUACCCCGAUAAGACAAAACCACUACCUGGAGCAGGUAAGUGCAGAUGUUUAGGAUCAGAGAUUUUGCCAACUAUCAUAUUGAUGCAUUAUUAG